UUCCUCUCUCCCUCUCCUCACAGCGCGCGACAUCCAGAGGAGGAGGAGGCGCGAUGGACACCUCCUGCGGCGAGCACGAGGCUGACUGCGCGGCGGCGCGCGCCUCGCAUUCCCCGGUGCCGGUGUCUUCAGCCCCGCGCGCCAGCAGCUCGGCCGCGGACGCGUCGCGCCUCGAAGAGCUUCAUUUUCCCGCCUCGACGGUGGCAAUGGUCCCAGAACCCUUUCACCCGUUCCCAACCGUGGACGUCCCUGACCACGCCCACUACACCAUUGGAUCAGUCAUCCUCGCCAUCGGCAUCACCGGCAUCGUUGGAAACUUCCUGGUCAUCUAUGCCUUCAGCAGGAGUCGUAGUCUGCGGACGCCGGCCAACAUGUUCAUCAUCAACCUGGCCAUCACCGACCUGCUGAUGUGCGUCACGCAGUCUCCCAUCUUCUUCACCACCAGCAUGCACAAGAGAUGGAUCUUUGGAGAGAAGGGUUGUGAGCUGUAUGCUUUCUGCGGCGCUCUGUUCGGGAUCUGCUCCAUGAUCACGCUGACGGUGAUUGCCAUUGACCGAUACUUCGUCAUCACGCGACCUCUGACCUCCAUUGGUGUGUUGUCACGGAAACGAGCCCUCCUCAUUCUCUCGGCAGCCUGGGCAUACUCUCUGGGCUGGAGCCUGCCACCUUUCUUCGGCUGGAGCGCCUACGUCCCAGAGGGCCUGUUGACUUCCUGUACGUGGGACUACAUGACCUUCACGCCGUCCGUGCGAGCGUACACCAUGCUGCUCUUCAUCUUCGUCUUCUUCCUGCCACUCUUCAUCAUCAUCUACUGCUACGUCUUCAUCUUCCGUGCCAUCCGCUCCACCAACCGGGCUGUGGGGAAGAUCAACGGAAACUCUCGAGACUCGGUGAAGAGUUUUAACCGUCUGCAGAACGAGUGGAAGAUGGCAAAGAUCGCGCUGAUCGUCAUUCUGCUCUAUGUCAUCUCCUGGUCGCCGUACUCCACGGUGGCGCUGACCGCCUUCGCCGGGUACGCAGACAUGCUGACUCCUUACAUGAACUCCAUUCCCGCCGUCAUCGCCAAAGCCUCCGCCAUCCACAACCCCAUCAUCUACGCCAUCACGCACCCCAAGUACAGGAUGGCGUUGGCGAAGUACAUCCCCGGUCUGGGCGUGCUCCUCUGCAUCCAACCUCAGGACCUGCGCUCGGCCAGCAGCAGCUUCGUUUCCACGCGGCGCUCCACGGUGACCAGCCAGAGCUCCGACAUCAGCAGCCAGCUCCGCCGGCAGAGCACCUUCAAGUCCCGCCUCUCCUCGCUGUCCGACAGCGAAUCGGGUCUGACCGACACCGAGGCCGACCUCUCCAGUCUGAGCUCCAGACCCGCCAGCCGGCAGGUUUCCUGUGAGAUCAGCAGAGACACCGCCGAGCUGCCCGACUUCAAACACACCUCCAGCUUCAAGGCCAAGCUGAAGAACCACGACUCGGGCAUCUUCGAGAAGACGUCAUUUGACACCGUUUCAAUGGGAGGAGUCAGUGAACGCAACAGUAUCCCGAAUAACGGAGACUUCGCAGACGGAAACGUGACGAGAGCGGCCAUCGGACGAAUCCCGAGCAUCGUGGUCACCUCCGAGAUGAGCCCCUUCCUUCCUGUUGGACGAAACGGGUCGCGCUCGAACAGAACCAAGACGGCCAACAGCAGUCCGGGGGCGGGGCCUGUCUAGAACUACACCUGCUGAUUCUCCGCCCCCUGAAGCCACACAGCCAGCUGAGAGGGAAAGGACGUCAAACGGAGGAAGUCAGACGGUUUCUAACUGUUGAGGAUUAUUGUAACUCUCCGUCUCCGAUCUAGAUGAAAAUGUAAUCCUCCAUCCGAGCUCAGAGAUCCUGCAGAAAUGUUUUCGUCUCACUUUAUCUCCAGAUUGCAGGCCAGUCAAAAACGAUCAAAUUUGAGGGAAAAAUCUGAUGAUUUUUGACAGAACGUCUUCAGCUGCAGCAACACUGAGGUCAGAAAAAGUUCAGGUUUUAAUAUGAAACAGGAACAACAGCAGCAACAAUAAUGAGAAUAAUUAAGUGUUCUGGCCUAUGAAACAAACGGGUGCAGCUUAACCCGGAUCUGAUCCGACUCAGCGAGAUUAAUUUGGUCUUUAGAACAUUCUGGGACAAAGACGGCGGAGGAAUGUGUGGACGGGAAACCAGGAAUCCGGUUGUUUAUCCGCCCUGUUCCGCCUUCUGUUUUCCUUAGUUUAGCAAAAACAAAACAAAAUGUUUUUUAGAGAAAUCUGUUUUCCAGAAAACCAAAGCUUAACUUGUUAAACUUCAUUGUACAGAAUACAGAACAAAACACUGAUGGAGGAGCAGCUCUUAAAACACAAAAAACAACGUAGAAUCUAAAGCUUUAUUUGUAUAUAUUUUAUGAACAAUUUGGGUUAUUUUAAUGUUUGAGAAGCAGACGGCUUCUGUGCUUAAAACAAAGUUCUGAUUGUUUUCUGUGCAGGAAGAGAGAAAAACAGAAAAUGUUGGUUUGUGAUGUGAGUUUUGUUUGGUCAAAGAUCUGAGGUGAAGGUGAAACAAAUACAGAUGAGAGAGACGUUUAGAGGAGCCAGAAAACAACAAAAGGAGCUUUAAGAUACAAUGAUGUCGAGGACUGUGUGGAACAUGUGUUCAGACGGAAUCAUUUCUGAGAUUCGUUUUUUGUCUCGUAAACGCUGACCGUGUUCGUGGUUACAGACAAAAGUGAUAAUAUCACAGACAAGAUGAUAGAUGUCGUUCAAUGACUUGUCUCAAAAAUAGAAAACAUCCAGUGACCCGUCCAGAGUGAACCCCGCCUUUUCCUGAGAGUAGUUGGGAUAGGCUCCAGCAACCCUGUGACCCUGACCAGGAAUGGAAGAUGAAUGAAUGAUAAAUUUAAGUUGGUUGUUUUCAAAAAGAAUUAAAGUAAAGAAACCAAACCUAAAAUUCUGUUAAAAACACCUCAACAUGUUUUGAUUGAAAGAUUUUUGCACUUUUAGAAAGCUUAGAUUAUCUGCUUCCAUAACCUUAAAUUGUUUGCAUGAAUGUUUCAUUUUAACUGCUAAGUUUAGAAAAUGUUUAACUUCAAAAGUCACAAAAGGAACUCUUUUAAAACCCUUAUUGUUAGCUCCUGUGUUUGUUAACACAUCCAGAACAGCACUAUUCAGCUCACAAUAUUUCCGUCUAAAAAAACAAACUUUGUGUUUGUGUCCAUGUUUAUCUGAUGGAAGAAUAAAGAAGUUUUUGGUUUUGACCUCUGACCUUCAGUCUUCCUCAGAAAGUUUCUCGCUCCUCGCCAUGACGCGUCGCGUGUUUCUGCUGCGUGUGAAGAUCUGAAAGGAAUGAGGAACGACUGGAUUUACAGUAAAGCUUGCUGUGUUUUUACGUGAGCUUGGAUUGAUGGAGAAGUUUCUUGUUUUUAUUGGAAAUAAGUUUGUGUUUCUGAGUUUAUUAAGCUGCAACAGCAACUCCAACUUGUUUGAUUAAAAAAGUCAGAAAAAACAUUUUAGGAAAAGUCGUUAGCAUUUGCUGCUGCUAGCAUUAGUUAGCAAUGCUAAUUGAGCAUUUGCUUUAUUAUUAUUAUUUUUUUAUUAAAAAAUAACAAUUAUAUAUCCACUGUUUUACAUAAGAUGAGUAAAAAGGAAAUAAGAUCUCUUUAAAUGAAACAGCAAUUUCAUUCUAUUUACUACUUCUUAAAGUAAUUUGAGUAUUAAUAUUUACCUAAAACAACAACAAAUAACUUUAAGAUUCAUUUUCAACCAAAAAAAAAAUAUUAAACCUCAAAUUUAAAAAAUAAACUUAAAAUAAAUACAAAUUAUUAAAAAUGUGAUUUUGUUGGGAAAUAAAAGAAUAUUUUUAAGGUUAACAUCAACUUUUCACAAAUUGUUUCUAUAAAAUAAAACAUUAUUUUAAAAAUGUAAUUAAUAAAACAACAAAAAAAUUCAAAUAUUUGGAUUUAGGAAAUAUUCUGAGAUUUGUUUGAGAAUUAUUUUUAUACUCUUCUGUUUUACUUCUCCUUCAGUUCUGUCUUUGAGCAAAACUAAGAAUGAAAAAACUUCACAAAUGUUUUAAAUCUAAAUACAUUUUAUUUCCAAUUGCUUAGUUUUUUAUUACUUUUUAUUCAUGGGGUCCUGCAAACGCACUUUGGU